AUGACAUCCAGAGGCGUCGCUCUCGUAACUGGUGCAGCUAGAGGUAUAGGUCGGACGAUAGCUCGCCGCUUGGCGGACGAUGGGUACGAUAUCGCCAUCAACGAUCCCAAAUCGAGUCUUUCCGAGCUCGAUAAUGUAACGAAAGAAAUAGGAAGCAAGGGCCGAAAUGUUGUCAGGAUCACUGCUGAUAUCACUGAAGAAGUGCAAGUAAAGGAAAUGAUUCCAUUCGUCGUUGAGAAGCUCGGUGGCCUGGACGUGAUGGUAGCCAACGCCGGAAUCUGCCCAUUAAGCCCUUUGGUCGAAACAUCCAGUGAAUUGUUAGACAACGCCAUGGCGGUCAACGUGAGGGGUACCAUGCUUUGCUAUAAGUAUGCUGCAAAGCAAAUGAUUGCACAAGGGCGAGGCGGACGGAUAGUCGGCGCAUCGUCUGUUGCUGGAAAGAGACCUUUCCUACUCGGUUCUGCUUAUGUCGCGUCAAAAUUUGCAGUGCGGGGUCUCACGCAAGUAGCUGCUAUGGAGUUGGGAAAGCAUGGAAUCACGGUCAAUGCAUACGCCCCUGGAUUUAUCAAGACUGAGAUGUUGGAAGAUGUUGAGCGAUCGAUGAACAUGGAGCCAGGUGCAUUUGUAGAGGCCAGCAUCUCCACGUUAGCGAUCCCGCGCCUCGGUGAGACGGAAGAUAUUGCAGAGUUGGUAUCCUUCUUGGUUUCGAAGAAGGCGGGGUAUAUUACAGGGCAGACAUUUAGCAGCGAUGGGGGUUGGCUUUGA